GUUUCAUAAUAUAUAUAUAUGUAUAUUCCCUUUACAUACAUGUAACCUCCUCUUUUUCUUCUUCUUUUUCUAUCUUUCUCCACUUAUUAUGCUUCUAGAAAGUGCAUACAAUUAUUUAUUUAAAAUUGUAAUUAUUGGUGACUCUGGAGUAGGCAAAUCAAAUUUACUUUUACAAUACACAUCGAAUGAAUUUAUGGAAGAUUCAAGGAGUACUAUAGGUGUAGAAUUUGCAACAAAAAAUAUUAAAAUUGAAAAUUCACUCAUAAAAGCUCAAAUAUGGGAUACAAGUGGGCAAGAAAGAUAUAAAGCAAUUACAAGUGCUUUUUAUAGAGGUGCAGUUGGUGCUUUACUUGUUUACGAUAUUACUAGAAAAUCAUCAUUCGAUCAUGUUCAUCAAUGGUUAAAAGAAUUACGUGAGCAUACAGAGGAUACUAUUCCAUUAGUAUUAAUUGGUAAUAAAAUAGAUUUAGCUGAUACGAGUCGAGUAGUAAGCACAGAGGUUGCGAAAAGGUAUGCUACUGAGGCUAAUAUGUUAUUCUUUGAAACAAGUGCACGUACUGCCGUCAAUGUAAAUAAAGCCUUUGAAGUUAUGUUUGAUCACGUGUAUAAAGAAUUAGCAAAGAAUAAGAUAUUAAAGAAAAAUUCAACAACAGAUGUAAAUGGCUUGGCUUUAAGAGGAUCAACAAUCACUUUACAUCCUCCUUCAGUUACAUAUGAAUACAAUCAUCGACCGCAUCAAAAAAAGGAAGCAAAUAGAUGUUGUUGAUUGAAGAAAUAAUAAUAAAAGCUUGAUUUCCCCCUCUAUACGCUUUAAUAAAACACAAUGAAGCUUUCAUUCUUAAUAACACGUGACGACGAUUUGAAUACAUUGUUAUCUAACAAUAGAUUUGUUGCAUCAUCAAGUUAAUAUUUCUAUAUAAAGCCAUCCCCUGAUAUCAACUAUUAGCCUUUUUAAUCUUAUCUUUAAUACGAUAAAUGCAAAUAAAUUCUUCAUCUAAAUCUAACAUCAGCUGUCUGCAGUAAGCACCCUUAGUAUUUUAAAACCAGUCAUUUCUACUUAUUGAAAUCUUCUGUUUUAAAUGCAAAAUAUAAGGAAAGAGAAAACAUAAAAGACAAGUCUGUAUAGUUUAUUUGAGGAAAAAAAAAUAUAAUAUAAAAAUUGUAUGACUCAAAAAUAAUAUGGAAAAGUGACAAGGGC